AUGGCAUCCAAGAUGAAGGAUCGCAAGAGAACUCCCAUCUCCCAUAAAGUGAUAGAAAAAAGAAGACGGGACCGCAUCAACCGCUGUCUAAACGAACUGGGGAAAACUGUGCCAAUGGCGCGCGCGAAACAGAACUCUGGAAAACUGGAGAAGGCCGAGAUUCUGGAGAUGACAGUUCAGUAUCUACGAGCGCUCCACUCCGCAGACUUCCCCAGGGGCAGAGAAAAAGGUGAGCUACUGGGGGAGUUCGCCAACUACUUCCACUACGGCUACCACGAGUGCAUGAAGAACCUGGUACACUACCUGACCACGGAGGAGAGGGCUGAGACCAAAGACAUCAAGUACGCAAGGAUUCUGGCCUUUCUUCAGUCCAAGUCCCGAGUCGUCAACGAGCCGGUGUUCGGCUCCCUAGGCGCGUUGCCAGACCAGGCAGAUUAUCUGUGCCAGUUUCACUCCUCCCCGGAGACACACCAGAGCCACAGCCCCAGCGACUCCGUGUUUCAGCAGAGCCCACCCGGACACUUCUCUUGGCACAGCACUGCACGCAGCCCAACCAUGUCGUACCCAACUGUGCCGCUUUCCGCGCCGACGCAACAGCACCACGGUGGCUACUUGUCACCAGUGCAAGGACUUGACCAUCACUACUUCAACUUCUUUAACGGCCACCCGCACGCGAAUGCGUUCAGUUUGCACAGUACGCAACACGCGUUGUAAAUAGAAUCCGGCAACCAUUUUGUGUUGUCUUUAUUUAUAUAU